CAACGUUUUCUUUCAAAAUUUAAAUUCAGCAAAAAAAAAUAAAUUCAUCAUAGCAGACCAAAUCUACGGAUGCUAUAUAAAUAGCUAUAUAGCGGACAAUCAUCAUCCUUUUUUUUUGUUAAGAAAAAUUUUAAAUUCUUAAUUUGAAUUUCUUUCAUUUGAUGAUUUUCUUUGAUCACAAAGUUAUUCAAUAUUGAAAAAAAUGCCAAAAAAUAAUAAAAUAUCAAAUAAACAACAACAGCAAACACCUGCAUUUGAAAAUGCAGCCCUUGCAUUUGUUUAUAAAUCUUUGAUUAAUCGUGAUCCAAAUAAACGUAAAAUUAAACCAGUUGAAAGUAUUCUAUCGAUGGAUGCCGAUCUUGAUGAUGAUAGUGAAAGUGAUGAUAGUGAUUAUAAUCCACCUGAUAAUGUUGAAAAUAAUGAAGAAUCGUCAUCAUCGAAUGAAACUGAUAGCGAUGAUGAUGAAGAUGAGGAAGAAUCUUCUUCAGAUGAAGAUAAUGUUUCAAAGUCGAAAUCGAAAACUGACAAAUUGCUCAAUCAAUCAUCAUUACAAAAAUCUAGUCAACGUGAUCAUCAUCAAAAUUCUCAAUCAAUAUCCAAUGAUAACGAAGAAAUAUUGAAAAAUUAUCGAAAAAUAUUAAUCUGUUCUGUUUGUUUAGGUGAACAAUCACAUAGUGAUGAUGAAUUAGUUGAAUGUGAUGCAUGUGGUAUUACUGUACAUGAAUUAUGUUAUGGUAUACAAUCAGAUGAUACUGAAUCGAUUCAUUCCAAUGCAUCAUCAGCAUCAACUGAACCAUGGUUUUGUGAUCCAUGUAAAGCUGGUAUAAGGCAACCAUUUUGUGAAUUAUGUCCAACUGAAUCCGGUAUUUUUAAACUUACCGAUAAUGGAAGAUGGGUUCAUAUGGUUUGUGCAUUAUAUACACAAGGUGUUACAUUUGUUGAUCCCGAAAAAUUACGUGGACCAAAUCUAUCACAAAUUCAAUUCAAUCAGUGGGGUUCAAAGAUCUGUAUGCUUUGUGAUGAUGAAAAUUUUGCCCAAACUGGUGUUUGUAUACGUUGUGAUGCUGGAUUUUGUAAAACAAAUUUUCAUGCAACAUGUGCACAACGUCAAGGUCUAUUAACUGAACUUCGUCAUCAAGAAACGGAAGAAUUAUUAGAUCCAUUUAUUGCUUAUUGUCGUUUACAUUCCGACCGGCAAUCAGCUAAAAAGAAAAGAAAAAAUUAUCUAACAUUAUUAGCAAGGUAUCGAAUUCUAUCAAAACAACAACAAUCAAAUGGUACAUCAUCACCAAUCAAACGAAUUGAAGAUUCAAUUACAAAUCAUCGAACAUUGAAUAAGCUAACAAUUCAACGUCAAAAAUUUCAACGAAAUUUUCAAUCAAUCGGAAAUUCAAAUAAUAAUGUUUUAACUAAGCGAACACCACGUUUAUUGGAUGCAUCGCCAUCAGCAAUGCGUCGUUUAAUGAAUCGUUGUGAAUUAGCUGGUUAUUCCAAUGGCCGUGAUGCAUUUUUAAUUCAAGAAGAAAUGAAUGAUAUACGUCGUAAAUGGUAUAUACCGCCUGCAUUUUCAAUCGAAUUUGUUAGCUAUUAUCUUGAUCGUAAUCGAAGAAUUUGUCAAAUGCAACAACAAUCACAUGAAUUGAUUGAAGAAAAUAAACGUUUAAAUGAAAUUGAAUCAAAAUCAUUUGCUAAAUAUAAUAAGUUAUUAAAAAAACAUGAACAACUUAAAUCAUCAAAUGAAAAAGCAUUAAGCUGGUUUCAACAACAACAACAAUCAUCAUCAUCAAAAAUAACAAAUUUUAUUAACGAAAAUGAUGAAAUAAGACGAAUCAAAUUGAUGAAAAUUGGUGAACGAAUAAUGUCAUUACCUGAAAUGAUAAUUAAUAAUACAAAUGAUCAACAACAACAACAAUAUUCGACAAAUGGAACGACAACAACAACCUCAGUGACCAAUAAAUCGAAUAAUCAAAAUGAUUUAUUAUCAACAACAAAAUCGUCAAUCGAUGAAUUUCAAUUGAAAAAAUGUGCAACAUGUAAAAAAUCUAAAGAACCACAUAUGAUGGCAUUAUGUGAUUCAUGUAAUCUCUAUUAUCAUUUACAUUGUUUGGAUCCACCAUUACGUCGGAUGCCGAAAAAAACACGUUUUGGUGGUUGGCAAUGUUCAAAUUGUACAGAAAAUGAAGAACAAACUAAUGAUGAUGAGAUGGCGAUUGAUUUGGAUAAUGAUAAUGAUGAACAAUCGAAUAAUAAAUGUAAUGGAACAUUAUCGAAUGAUGAUUCAAAUACGGAUCCAUUACAACAAUCAUCAACAAUCAAAACACGUAGACGUUUACGUGAAAAUCCAAAAAUGGUUACAAAAUAUGCUGAUUAUGAUGAAUCUUCGAAUCCAACAUUAUCAUCAUCAUCGGCGACGAAUCGUCGACGACAACAACAGAAUAAAAAUCGCUCAAAAUUAUCACCGCCUUCACAAUCUGCAUCAUCUGCAUCGACACCGCCGCCAUCAUCAUCAUCAACAUUAGCUGUAGAAAAUUCUUUAUCAUCAUCAAAUCUAGCCAAUAUUCGUCGUGGACGUCAAAAAUUAACAAAAACCGCCGCCACCUCUACAAAAUCUACUUCAGAAUCAUUACCAUCAUCAAUUUUAACAACAACAAUCAUUCCUUCUGUUGCAGCAACAACAAUAACGCCAAACAAUACCAAAUGUUCGUCAAGUCAUCAACAACAACAUUCGAAUUCAUCUUCAUCGACAAAAUCAUUAUUAUCAUCAUCGACAUCAGCAGCAGCUAUUCCAUCAUCAAUAACCCCAACAACAACAGCAACUGUUGUUACGGUUAGCCGAAAACGUAAACUAACUGACGGAACAUCAUCAUCAUCUAUUUUAUUGAAUAACAACAAUAAUAAUAAUAUCGUCGAUAAUCAAUCACUAUCGAUUAUUGAAAAUGGUGGAGAAAAUAGUGAUGAUUUAUCACCAAUCAAUAAAUCACAGGUGAAGCGUUUAGCACAUCAUCAUCAUCAUUGUUUAUCAAAAUGUUUUGUUUGUAAACAAGAAAUACCAUCAUCUAUGAAACAAAAUGUUCGGUAUGUUUGUUUGUGUAUUCAAAUUUUUUGUUUCUGGUUAAUCCAUUCAUUUUUUAUCAUUUUUCAUUUGUUUGCUAGAUGCGAUAAUUGUAGUAAUCAUUAUCAUUUUGGUUGUUUACAGCCACCUUGUACAAAAAAUCCAAAACGUCGUGGUUAUACAUGGUGUUGUUUUGUUUGUGAAAAGAAGAAUGAACAAAAACGAUCAGAAUCACAUUCAACGAAUGUUCAAACAUCAUCGGAAACAUCAUUAUUGCUCAAUAAUGAUCCAAACGAAUCAAUAUCGAUCGAUAAUCAAUCAGAAAUCAUUGAUAAUAAUCGUUUAGGUUGUAAUGAUACUGUUGUUGAAACUAUAGAAAAUGAUAAUAAUAAUGAUCAAACGGAAAAAGAAUCAAAAUUGGAUACGAAUUUGAAUAAAAAAGUUAAGGAAAAGUGCAAUAAAAAUGUAUCCACUAUCAACCAGAAAAUCCAAUCGGAAAAUUUCAAACAACAAGUGACUGUAAAAAAAGAAAUUAUCGACAUAAACGAUACAACAGUGGCAGAUCGAUCAUCUUCAUCAUCAUCAUCAUCGGAUGAACAAUCAGCAUUAACAAUUGAUGAUAAUCCUCGAAGAAAUUCUUCAAAUGAAACAUUGGCUGUUAACAACAACAACAACAUGACUACAACAACACCCGAUGAUAUUAAUACCGUAUUGAAUGAUAUAAUAAUGUUGGAAGAAGAAGCACAAAAUCACCAACAACAGAAACAGCUAGAACAACCAAAAAUUAAACAAGAAAUAACCGAAACAGUUAAAAAUGAAAUAGAAGAUGAUGAUAAUUUUAAAAUUUAA